UCGUGCUGUAAUAAGUGUUCUUUGUGUGUGUAGUGUAGGCUGCUGUCAGGCAGUCUGUCGCAUCUUUGACAAUUUAGCAAACAUAGCUUCUGCCAUAAGCAGCAAAGUAUUGUUCAUAAUGAAUCUGAAUUUUUCGUCUUGUUUCUUUACAUCAAAAGUUAACAGUUGACAAUCCGUUUCGGAACCCAGGAGAGAUGCAUUGCUCAAGGAUGGAGGAUGGGGUGGAGGCUUUUGUAGAGCUGGGGACUCUGAUAGUGGAGGGGAGGUUGCCAGCUGAAGGAACAGCUCGGGGGUACAAUGAGGGACCACACUGUCCACGAGCCCCACCAACACCACAGCUCAACCCACACCAAUGUGAUCCAGCCGACUUCUUGUGUAUGAGAGCCGAGAGAUUACGCAAGCAUCUGUCACUGCUGUGUAACAACGCUGUGCCAAUGUGUGUGGAAGUAUUACUGUGUCCUUUGUGUCCUUGUGGAACUGAGCGAGCACGUAGUCCUGAGGUUGCUAACAUCCCUUCGUCUUCCGAUCUCUUGCUGGAGCAAUGGACCGUCUCUGUUGUACACAUCAGUGACGAGCCGUGUAACAUGAGUAUGCGCAGUCUGCUACAAGCUGUGCGCUCGCAGCUUCACUUCUCUCAGUUGUCUGCCUGGUGGAGCAGCAGUCGCGGCUCAAGACCUAUCAAUGUCUGCUACAGAGUAACUCUGCCAGAGCGAGCUUUUGUGUCACACUUUUCUCGACCCCCCCAACAUCACAUCUUCCCUCCAGCUGCUGUGGGGCCUAACACUCAACUUAAGGUAUCGGUGAGGACUUUACCACGCAGUGAUGUUCCGCCAGUGGUGGCAUGCGCCUCGUGCACUCCAGACAACAACGUACGUAAGAGAUCCAUCGGUUUGGAACAACCCCUGCUUGGAGAGAGCCUUCUAGACCCCCCUGGUCCAUCCUCUGCUUCCAGAGCUCAUGCAGGUUUAUGCAAAUGGCACACAGGCAGUCCCCCCUCCCCUCCAAGACGCAGACCCUCUCGUCAGGUCAUGACUCGUCGCUGUGAUAAACACACUUCCUCUCUACACAUACUACCCCUACCAGGGCCUGUUGACGAUCGUAUGCAGACAGACUGCAACCAACAUGGAAAACAUGAUUGUCGCUGUGAGGAAGACGUUGAAGAACCUAAUAGUCAAGCUCGCAACAAACUGAAUCUGGAGUUGAGCAAGAAGGAAAUGGAAGAAGUCCUUACUGUGCUUCGAGUGAGGGUCGGCACCGAACCAGAUAACAUCACAGUCAAGCAAGAGAAGGUGAGCGGCAAAGGAGAUUUGUUGAUGUCAGCCAUCUUGCGUUCCAGUCAGCUGUCCCCUCCGUCGCCAGUCUCAUUAAAACGUAAACUGGACCAAGAUAUAGACUUCAUUCCCCCAGGCCAGCUGCCUCAACCUGACUCUAAAACCAGCUUAGAUUUUAGCAAUAAAAACAAUAUCGAAAUUUUACCUUGUGACAAAUCCAAAGAUAAAACUAAAAAAGAAAAGUGUACACCUCCUCUUGAACUUGAAUUGGAUAAAAGUACAGAAGAGAACGUCUUGCCUCCCCAUUCAGGAAGUGGUGAUUGGUUUGGACAUUCGACCAACGCUUCCUUCACACAAGAUGAUAAAUGUGGUGGGGGAGAUGUUGCCACGGGGCCCAGCAGUAUUGUCUGUGAAUUGGUGAAUCGGUAUCGGACUAAACAGUGUGUCAAGAAAGAAGACAAAGAAGAACUCAAGUGCCAACAAGUCAAUAAUUGCCUUGUGGAAGAGUUUAGCAAUCUUGAUCUCAACAAACGGGUGGAGACACCGCAAGUGCCCUCUGCGCUGGAUAAGGCCAAGUUCCGUCGCUCACUGGACUCGGCUGCGUCCAUGGUUUUCCAUUGGCGCACUGGACUUCCACUUACCUCGAGCCCAGCUCCUCUUCGCAGAACUUCCCAAAGAUUUGACUUUGACAGUUCUAUCAAUUCAGUUUCUUCCAUUAGAAGCGCAUUGUUUGAUCUGGAGAACGGAGAAGAUACAGAGAGUGACAGCAGCAAAUCUCCUUGUUCUCCUCAGAUCGAUAUCCCGUCAACAGGAGAGCCGUGGUCUUUCCACUACCAGUCACCAGGCUCUGCACUUUUAGGAAGUUUUGAGGAGUCGGUGUUGAAUGGAAGGUUGGAACCUGUUAGCACAGUCCAUGGUUUCACCGCAGAUCUCGGAGCGUCAGGAUCUUUCUGCCCUCCCCACCUUGUCCUGCCUGUCACUGUAUUCUUCUACACUCUCGGUGACAAUGAUAAAGUCUCAACUCCAUACCUUGCUCAUAUCAACUUGGGUAAGAAAGGGUACGUGGUGCCUCGUAGUGGUACCAUCCAGGUGACCCUCCUCAAUCCCCUCGGCACUGUGAUAAAGAUGUUUGUGGUUAUGUACAACCUGACAGACAUGCCUAGUAAUUCUCACACGUUCUUGCGUCAACGUACUCUCUACAUGCCUGCAGGACUGUCCGAGCCAGUAAAAAACUCCCAGAAGUACCUUCGCUACCUCAUUCAUCUGCGAUUUGCCAGUUCUAAGUCAGGGCGUCUGACUCUCCACACGGAUAUCCGUAUGAUAAUCUUUCGUAAGUCAGACAUGGAUACUGCCUCAGGUCACACAGCCGACACUGCCUGUGAAAUGCGCUCGUUUACUUACGGCCCAACCAACCCCAAGUUCUCUCCACGCAAGUGAACACUUGACCAUUGUGAUACUGGCGCAACUUUGUGUUUGUUAUGUUUCUUAAUUUUAUUUGAUUGUUGUGUCGGUAGUUUAACGAUUAUUGCGUUGUCAACUUUGGUUAGUGUUUAUCGUUGGACUACCGGUUUGAAUUGUUGUGAUUUCCACUUGUAGUUUUCGGGUCUGUGUGAGACUGUCCGAAGUUCUUUCUGUUCUUUUGUUUUGAAUAUUUAUAAACACUCUUAUGUCUUUCAAUUUUAGAGUUAGACCAGUAGAUUCAUUAUUAAAGAGUAACUAUAGAGUAGAUGAAUAAAUAUAUAACAUAUUUCGUAUAAGUAUUGUACAGUUAGAUAAAUUAUUAUGAUGAGAGUUCCGAGGAGGGAGACAAGCGUGUCAGUCACAUUCAAUUUAGCUCUAAACCAAUCUCGUCUUUGAAUCCAUUUCAAAUUUUCAAUGUGUUUUUCUUUUGUUUUUCAGGAGAAAAGUUUAUUUUUCUGUACUCAAAGAUAACAUUUCUUUUUUAGUUUUCACAUUGUUUUCCACUGUUAGUUUGAUAGAGUAUGAUUAAGUGACAAUCUUAAAAGUAUCUAGUUUGCCUUAUAUAUUAAUUGUAAGUUACUCUCAUGGUGAUAUUUGGUCAACAAAAUGCUAAUUCAAGUCAUCACAACAUUUUAAAAUAGGAUUUAAAAAAAUAUUAUGCGUUUCAGUUUUAUUACAAUGAGUUUGUUUAAAUAAUUUGACAUCUGCAGUAAAUGUAGUCAUUGAAAUGUUUUAGUAUUCAGAUUUGUGUGAACUAAUCUUUCUUUUCGCUAUUUUGUUGCGUACAAACAACAUUUUAUCUUUGUUUUAGUUAUGAAACAUUAUGUCAUCAGGUGGAGUUUAAUUUCAAUCUCAAACAGAUUAAUUGUGAGACAGUGUAUGUAUAUUUUUGAAUAAAGAAUUGAGUUCAUAAAGUAAGAACAAAUACUUGGUUAAUAUCAGAAGCUUAACAAAAGUUACUAACAGUACUACAAUGAUUUGCCUAUUUUUACAAUAUAACCUGGAGAACAUGAGAUCAAUCACUGACAGAGGCUAGUGAAUAUGCAUCACAUUUCAGGACAAGAGUCAACCUACCAUUUCAUUCAAACAUAUGUUAAAUAAAAAUAUCUCCUAAACGUUCAACUAAUAAUUAUUGAAAAUUAACGAAGACCACAUAAAAGAUAUGAAUACUAUCUAACCUUGAUUCAUAUAUCAAUCAUAUAUUGAUAUAUAAUUAUAUAGUUUUUUAUGAGUGAAAACCCUUGAUUCGUCAAGAUUCUUGAAUUGUUUGAAUGUGUUCAAGUAGUACCAAUGCCUUCAAAAAAGUGGUAUAAGCAAUAUUUUCAAUAAUAAUAUACGUUGCUUUAAAUCUAAUUUGUGUGUACUUGUACUAGAAACUUUAUUUUCUCUUCCUUGUGGUUUUUGAAUUAGCACAUUUUAAUUAGUUACCAUUGACAGUAUCCCAUUUGCAAAUGAGUGAAUGGUAAAAUUUAAGUUAUAAUGAUGAACCCGAAUUAAAUAAUCUUACACUGUUUUAAGGUCCAUGUUUGUAGCCAGAGCUAGAUUAUUGUUGCCAUUAAUUACAUAGGUCACUAUUUUUAUAUCUAGUGCUAGUAGUAUGGAUAUUUUAUGUAUUUAAUAGGUGAGCCUAUUUUUCCUAUCUUUCAAAUUUAGUCUGUCAAAGUUUAUUGAAAUAAGUCGAUGGACACAAACUUAGACAUACAUAAAUAACAACACGUUUAUUUUAGUUGAGAAAUUUUAGGCUUCAUUCAGUUAUGAGUUCAAUCUGACUUAUUUUCAAUGUAUUGUUUCAAUUUUUCAUUAAAAUCCCAUUGUAUUCUACUCUUACUUAAGUGUCAUUAUUUAGUUAUUUCUUUCAGUUUGUCAAUAGUUGUAUUUAAUUUUCACUGUAAUAAUGUUUUGCAAUUAAGAGAAUAAAUAGCUAUGGCCGUUAUGGUGU